UAAUUGUAGACACGGAGAAUGUGUUAUGGCUUCCAAUGCAAAGUGAAUGUGUGGGGUCCACGUCUGCACUGUCCCACCCCGACACAUGACAGCACAUACAUGACAAUAAAGGGACAACAACAACAACAAAAAAAAGUUGAGCGCUUACUUCGUUUUCAGGGGAGGGGGUUCGGUUUAAUGACAGCGGUUGUCAUGGAAAUAAGAACGGGACCGUAGCGACUCAUUCCGGACCAGCCGGCACGAUGUCGGAGGGAGAAAGGACGCCUACGGAGGCCGUCUUCACUCCGCUACAACAAGGAAACAGUUAUGGCGACACAGGUUCCUCUGGGCCGGAUGAUAUUUUCGAGGAGGACUCCUACUCUCCGUCCUCCCUCUCCUCUUCCUCCUCGGCCUCCGUCCGCACCGUGGGCUCCCUGCAGGGGAAGACCCUGUGCACCUCCUGCGGCCAGGAGAUAGUGGACAGAUACCUCCUCAAGGUGAACAACCUGUGCUGGCACGUGCGCUGCCUCUCAUGCAGCGUUUGUAACACAUCGCUGGGGCGACACGUGAGCUGCUACAUCAAGGACAGACAGAUUUUCUGCAAACUGGACUACUUCAGGAGGUAUGGGACCCGCUGCGCCCGCUGUGGCCGCAACAUCCACUCCAGUGACUGGGUGCGUCGGGCUCGAGGCAGCACCUUCCACCUGGCCUGUUUCUCCUGCACCUCCUGUAAGCGCCAGCUGUCCACCGGGGAAGAGUGUGGACUGCUAGAGAACAGGGUCUUCUGCCGGCCGCACUAUGACGUCAUGAUGGAGAAUAUCAAACGCGCCAAAGAAAAUGAGCAACCAAGAGUAGAUGAGGAGGAGGCAGAUAAAGACGAGUCCAGCACCAUGACCAGACCAGCUAAGAGGGCCAGGACCAGCUUCACUGUCGACCAGUUACAGGUAAUGCAAACUCAGUUUACCAAAGAUAACAACCCAGAUGCCCAGACUCUGCAGAAACUGGCCGAGAGGACUGGUCUCAGCCGCAGGGUUAUUCAGGUUUGGUUUCAGAACUGUCGAGCUCGUCAAAAGAAGUACAUCAACCCAAACUCCUCCUCCUCCCUGAUGACAUCGUUUGCUCCUGGUCAGCUGACGCCACCUUUGAUGGAGGACCUGCAAUACACCACCUACAUUUCCCCAGAUGCACCCCUCUUAACCACACUGACUUAUAUGGAUGUCCAAAGUCCAGAUCCACUUUUGCUUCAGCCACUCAUCUCCCAUUCGCUGACACAGCUGCCAGUCAGCCAUGCCUGAGCUACAACCCGUCACUGGACUACAGAAGACAAUAACAGGCCGAUAAUGGGACCAGACGAGGACAGAAACCGUCCAAAUAUAACAGCAGUUCAUCUAAUCAAUUCGUUAAAUUUUCGCUGCCCUAAUAUGUGAGCAGAAGCUGAAUUAAUUUCAUGGAAUCACACAGAGAUUCACAGGAGACAUUGAAAGUGUGAAGGAAACUUUUUGUUAAUAUGUAUAUGUUGUGCAUUUAUUUGUGUUUAAUUUAUUUGGAGAAAAUGAAGAGAUAUGGCACUUUGUCAAAGUAAAGAUGUAAAACUGAGUAUGGAUUUGGUUUCAGUUCGGUGUUUAUUUAAGGAUGUGUUUGAGGAUAAUGACAUUGUGAGUUGGGCACUCUCAAGAGAGACAGAAUCGGGUGGUUUCUCCUGUAUAAAGACCACUUCAAAUGAAAACCACUGGAGAUCAGACAGAUGCUCCCGUUCCUUGUUGUGUUACUGACAGAGAAAUGUGUAGAAAGACUUCAUGCAGACACAAGUAUGCUCCAUCUCAAAACAUCCACAUGUCUCAUUUUGGAUAAACAAGAUUAUUGCAAGCAAUACAAUGUGUAAAUGUUUCCUUGGAGUGUUAAUGUUAGCUAGAAGCCAUGCAUGAACUGAACACUGGGGAGAGUUUGGCUUUCACAUUAGAUGUUAGACAUACUGGAAAUUAAAGUCUGUGGCUGC